AUGGAGAGGGAGAAUGGUGGUGUUCAGGCCGAACUGAAGGACCAGCUAGAAGAUGAGGUUCGACAGGUGCGAGGAGCGAAGGAGAAAUUGGUUUUACAAGCUCAAGAACCUGCAGGGGAAUUACAGAUGCCUGAGAAAGAAAGGGAAAAUGGAGGGAUAAUAGAAACGUUGAGGAAAAUGAGAGGAUUGGUGGAGGGCCAGGAGAGGAAGUAUAGGAUUCAGGAAGAUUGGACGGCGGGCCAGGCCCGCCGAGCCAGUCCGGUACGGCAGGCGGGCAGGCCAGGAGGUCUGCCGAACCAGCCUGGUACGGGCAGGCUGGGCGGGCCGGAAGGUCUGCCGAAACAGGCCCGGUGCAGGCAGGCGGGCGGGCCGGAAGGUCUGCCAAGCAGGCCUGGUACUGCGGGCAAGCGGGCGGGCCGGGGAAGGUCUGCCGAAGCAGGCCCGGUGCAGGCAGGCGGGCGGGAGAAGGUCUGCAAGCCGGAGGUACUGCGGGCAGCCGGCGGGGGGACGAAGCGCAGCGGGCGGGGGGGUCUGCCGAAGCAGGCCCGGUACUGCGGGCAGGAGGGCGGGCCGAAAGGUCUGCCAAGCAGGCCUGGUACUGCGGGCAGGAAGCAUGGCCCGGUACUGCGGGCAGGCGGUGGCGGGCCGAAAGUCUUGCCGAGCCGGCCUGGUACUGCGGGCAGGCGGGCAGGGCCGGAAGGUCUGCCGAAGCAGGCCCGCAAUUGGAGACGAAGCAGAUGUUUGGUUGAUGAAUACGGAGGUCGCUAUCAGCAACUGAAGUCGAGUUCAGACAAUCUCUUCUAA